CGAUUGGUCUCAAGAUGGCUGACGGCUCAGACGGCAUUGGACUUCUCCCUCUUCCCGCAGUGAAACCCCAAACCCCCCGCAGAUGUGCUUUACCCCGUGUCGUGUGGAUUCCCGGGGAAGUGGUUCUAACCACGUCGAUCUUGAUACUUGGCGUACGAUCACGAACUGUCUGAUUGUUUUGUCAAAUUGUGUCCAUGUCUUUAUAAACGUUCGCAAAGGACGUUCGGACGACAGCUUUCGUGGGGAAGCAGGCGUCUCUUGUGCUUACCGCACGUUCUUUGUGUAAAAGCAGAUUAUCUUCUAAGCCACGUAUCUUUUCAGACUUCACAACCACCAGAUUCCACCCAAAAGAUGGGCGAACUUCGAGGGCAGCGGCUAGUGUUGGCCGUCAGUGUUCUCACAUCGUUGGGUUUCAUGCUCAUUGGCUAUGACAAUGGUCUUAUGGGAGGCCUGGUCAAUGCACCGGCAUUCAACUCAACGUUCGACACUCCGGAUCCGACCAUGACAGGCCUCAUUGUGGCAAUCUACGAAGUUGGCUGUUUCUUCGGAUGUGUAGCCACGGCGAUAUUCGGCGAGAAGUAUGGCCGCCGAAGAACCAUCGGAACUGGUUGCUCUAUCAUGGUCGUUGGUGCUAUCAUUCAGGCCGCUUCGUAUGGACGUGCCCAGAUGAUUGUCGGGCGAAUUGUCUCGGGUAUCGGAAUGGGCAUCGUCAACUCUACCGUUCCCGUCUUACAGGCGGAGUUCAGCCCCAAGGCAAGCCGAGGCAUUUACGUCUGCGCACAACUUUCUACCCUGAACUUUGGAAUCUUCCUCAUUUACUGGAUCGACUAUGCUUUUUCGUCACACAUCGAAAGCUACGCCUGGAGAGUCCCGGUUGCUAUGCAGUGCAUAUGCAUCCUGCCAAUGUUCAUCAUCCUGCAGCUCAUCCCAGAGACCCCUCGAUGGCUCGCAUCACACAAUCGGCAAGAUGAAUGCCUGGCCGUCCUGAAGCGCCUCAAGUGUGACGAAGACGAGGAAACAAUUUAUGCCCUCCACAACUCCAUCACGCAGACAGUAUCGUACGAGGCCGAGAAUAGCGCCAGUUCGUGGCGAGACCUCUUGCUCCAAGAUCGUAUUCAGAGCCAGAGGAGAUUCCUCAUUGCGUGUUUCUUGCAAGGCGCACAGCAGCUCGGGGGAAUCAAUGCUAUCAUCUACUACAGCGGUACCUUAUUUGAGAAGAGUAUCGGAUUCGAUAGUCACAUGUCGAGCCUCAUGUCUGGCUUCCUGCAGACUUGGUUCUUCGUCGCCUCCUUUAUUCCCUGGUUCUUAAUCGACCGCGUGGGCAGGCGACCCUUGCUCUUGUCCAUGAUUAGCGUCAUGGCAGCCGUCAUGGCAGUCCAAGCAGCUCUCAUCUACCAGGUCCAAAACUCAACCGCCAUUGCCAAAUCUGCCGGCAUUGGCGCUGCAGCGAUGCUGUUCGUGUUCCAAGGCGCCUUCACGAUUGGCUUCCAAGCAACUGUCUGGGUUUAUCCCUCCGAGAUUUUGCCUCUGCGUAUUCGGCAGCUGGGCUCGUCUAUUUCCAGUGCAACCAACUGGAUUUUCAACUACAUGGUUGUUCAAAUCACCCCAAUCUCCAUCUCGAGUAUUGGGUGGCGGACUUACAUCAUCUUUGCGGUCUUGAACGCCGCAUGGGUGCCCGUCAUCUACCUCUUCUUCCCUGAGACCAAAGGAUUGGAGCUGGAAGAUGUUGAUCGUCUCUUUGCUGGCGAUGACUUUGAGAACACGAACCAUGACACAGAUAGCAAGCACGAAGUCUGGGAUAUCGAAGAAGUCAGGGCUUAGUUAUGGUUGCUGCUGGGCCAAGACUCAAGGCACAGAUUGGAAGCCAUUGCGGCAAAAAGGGACAUUGAACUUGGGUGUACUGAAUGAUACUGAUUGUAGAUUAUUCGCGUGAGUAUGAGCAGAAAAUACAAAUCAAUAAUCU